AUGAGCGAGCGCAAGGGCAUCUACUUUGGCGCUAUUGACGCGAGCGCCAGCGACGCGCAGCGCGUCCGUCCUGACAGUGGUGUGUCACGUACGAACGCAAGCCUCGAGGCGGCUGUUCGUGCGGGUAACGUGAACGUGUCGGGCAACGUGGAGACGGAGGUGCUCGAGCUAUCCGAAAGCAGUCGCGCCGCCCAGGAAAAGCACGCGCAGCUCUUACGACGCGUUGAGGCGGAGAAGCGCGCGCGGCACGUCACGGUCCCGACGAUAGUGGAGGAAGUUGUGCAGCGACUGCGUCAGAUUGGCGAGCCGAUCACGUUGUUCGGCGAGCGACCGGCGGACCGUCGCGAGCGACUGCGCGAUAUUCUGUCGCGACUGGACGUGGAAGCCGAAGAGAGCGGCUAUGUCCGUCAAGUAUUCGGAGAAAGUGAGCAGAACGGUGUUCAGGGAUAUGAUGCUUCUGGUGAGAGGGCUGGAUCAGCUGGAGAGGCUGCUUCUGCUGCUGCCAAACUCUCGACGACACACGAGGACCAGUUGUUCUAUGUACCUCUUACGAACGAGAAGCUGAAGAAGGUGCGAGCUGCUAUAUUUGAACAUACUGUGAUUGUUGUAGGAGCACGGCUGAAGCGAGAGCAGCAGGAGAAGCAUAUGGGUGCGGGAGAGCGAGCCCGUACUGUGGAUCAUCACACCGCUGAGCUCUAUGCUACGGCACAAAAGAUGGCAACUGUUGCCAGCCAGAACGGCGAUGUGCGGCUGAUUUCGGCCGUGAGGUUCUCAGCCGAUGGCGGACAUGUGGCCACGGGGUCAUGGAGUAGUCUGGUCAAGGUCUGGGACGCAGCGAGCGCGAACGAAGUCAAAGUCUUUCGUGGGCAUGAAGAUCGUGUGACUGGAGUGGCGUGGCAUCCGAGCAAGGCUUUUUCUGAGAUGACAGAUGGCGCAGAUUCCGUGUGCUUGUGCAGUGGCUCAGCUGAUGGAACCGCACGGCUCUGGAGUGCGGCUCGCAAUGAGCCUUUGGCUGUGUUGCGAGGCCAUAUGGCGCGUCUGGGCAAAGUAGCGUUCCAUCCGCUUGGCGACUACGUCGGCACAACAAGUUUCGAUCACACAUGGCGCCUAUGGGACGUUGCUACAGCAAAAGAGCUGCUUUUGCAAGAAGGUCAUUACACGGAAGUGUACGCCAUCGCCUUCCAGAAAGACGGUGCGCUAGCAGCAACAGGCGACUUGAACGGGAACGGGCGCGUGUGGGACCUACGUUCUGGUAAGGCCAUAUUGCCCUUGCAAGGGCAUUCCAAGCAGAUUCUGUCGAUGGACUUCGCUGCUAAUGGUGUGCAACUUGCAUCGGGCAGUGACGAUCGCAGUGUUCGCAUCUGGGACCUGAGACAGCAAAAGUGCUCGUACAUGAUCCCAGCUCACAGCAAAUUGGUGAGCGAUGUCCGCUUCUCGCCCGCAUCGAGCGAGCUCUUGCUGAGUGCGUCAUAUGACUCGUCCAUUAAGCUGUGGAGAACGCGUGACUGGAAACUGAUGACAACAAUGCGCGGACAUGAUGGCAAGGUCAUGUCGGCCGACUUUGCUCCGGACGAGAAGCAUUUGGUGUCGUGCGGCUCCGAUCGAACAUUCAAACUAUGGGCCCACGAGGAUGAGUUUUGA